CUAGUACCUAGUUGAAAAUUUACAUAAGCGACGUUGAAAGUAAAUAGUGUAGGAUGGGGUUUAUGAACAAUAAAUUCAUAAUGUAUGUAUGAGUGAGAUGUUAAUAUUAUAUGGAGGAGAGGGAAUAAGGAAAUAAAAUAAUGGAGGGGUUAGGCAGAAGCUUAUGAUUUGAGUAAUGGAGAAUGACCCUUAAAAAAAAGCUCAUUGACUCCCACUUCCAUAUCACAUGCAUCUCUCUCUCUCUCUGCUUUGAUGCCAUCCACUUCUCCUUAUUUAAGCCCCUCUACUCCUCCCUUCAUUCUCAUCCUCUCCAAAAAUCAAAAUUCUGCUCUCCUAUUCUCAACCCCUUCAAACUUUUACUCACAAUCUUCUCUAAACAAUACAAACGCAACCACAGUUUCAAUCAAACAAAACACCUUUGAGCUUACCUUAUUGGUGAUGGAGAACUUGUUUCGUCUUGCUGAUCACGACGAAUUCUUCUCUCGUCGUUGCGUCUGGGUUAACGGUCCAGUGAUCGUCGGAGCCGGGCCAUCUGGGUUGGCCACAGCUGCUUGUCUUAGAGAACAAGGGGUGCCUUUUGUAGUCCUUGAACGAGCUGAAUGCAUAGCCUCGCUGUGGCAAAAGCGCACCUAUGAUAGGCUUAAGCUUCACCUUCCAAAGCAAUUCUGCCAACUCCCAAAACUCCCAUUCCCAGAAGACUUCCCUGAAUACCCAACCAAGAGACAGUUCAUUGAGUACCUUGAAUCAUACGCCAAGCAUUUUGAGAUCAACCCUCAAUUUAAUGAGUGUGUUCAAUCAGCAAGGUACGAUGAAACCAGCGGCCUGUGGCGUGUUAAGACCGUUUCAACUGCUGGUUCGACCCGUAACGAGAUCGAGUACAUUUGCCGGUGGCUCGUCGUUGCCACUGGCGAGAAUGCUGAACGUGUAAUGCCUGAAAUCGAAGGAUUGAACGAGUUUUGUGGCGGUGUGUCGCAUGCUUGUGAAUAUAAGUCCGGGGAGAAGUUCACCGGAAAGAAAGUCUUGGUGGUUGGCUGUGGCAACUCGGGCAUGGAAGUUUCUCUUGACUUGUGCAACCACAAUGCCUCACCUUCAAUGGUGGUCCGAAGCUCGGUCCAUGUCUUACCAAAAGAAUUUCUUGGAAAAUCAACAUUCGAACUAGCAGUUAUGAUGAUGAAAUGGCUGCCCCUCUGGCUGGUUGACAAGCUCUUAUUGAUCCUGGCAUGGCUGGUGCUCGGAAACAUUGAAAAAUACGGCCUCAAACGGCCAUCAAUGGGACCAUUGGAGCUAAAAAACGAGACGGGAAAGACCCCUGUUCUUGACCUUGGAGCAUUGGCGAAAAUCAAAUCCGGUGACAUCAAAGUAAUUCCUGGAAUCAAACGGUUCACACGCAACCAAGUAGAGCUCGUCACUGGCGAAAAGAUGGAUGUAGAUUCAGUAGUUUUGGCUACUGGGUACCGCAGCAACGUCCCCUCUUGGCUUCAGGUGAGGCAAACAUUCAAUUUAAACUUUUUUUUUUCUCAUAGGAAUUUCAUCAUACACCUGAUGGGCAAACAAAUUUUUAUAAAAGGUUACCACUAUUCUGAAACAUGGCUAACCUUAAACUGGGCAUUGAACGAACAGGAAGGCGAAUUGUUCUCGAAAAACGGAUUCCCAAAAGCAGCAUCACCACAUGGAUGGAAGGGAAAUGCGGGGCUUUACGCAGUUGGGUUCUCGAGAAGAGGACUAUCAGGGGCUUCGUCGGACGCCAUGAAAAUAGCUCAAGAUAUCGGCAGCGUUUGGAAGGCGGAGACGAAGCAACAAAAGAAGAGAACCACCGCAUGCCAUAGACGCUGCAUUUCCCAGUUCUGAAAAUAUCCGCCAUUGAUGAUUUUAUUUCUACACAGUGUAUACAUGUAAAAAAA